AUGUUUGAUGGAGUCCUUCUUUCAUGGGAACUGACUCCAAAACAACUUUUUGUUACUUUAAACUGCUCAUCCAGAAGCAGAAGAUUUUUGGGAUUUUGUAAUAAUGGUAUUAAAGAGAUUAGUGGAAGCUUUGCGAAUGUUGUUCAAGCAAUUUGUGUUCCUCCAAUAAAGUAUCAAUUCUUGGCAAAUUCUUGUGAUAGUGUUCUCUCUAUGACCAAUUAUUUGAAUCUUAUAUACUUGGUUCUACUUGCUUCAGCAUCUGUUGUGAUUAUUGGAAUAGUCUUCUUAAUGUUAUACAGUAGAAGCUUUAAGGUGGACAAUAAUAACACAGAUCCUAUUAAUUCCGAAGUGAUCUUGAAGUCAAAACCCAGAAUUGGUCUGGCGGUUGCCUCCAUUUUAUUCAAUAUUCUUGCUCUAUUGGGGGUUUGUUUCUGCUCUGUAUUAGUUAUUUACUUGAGCCAAUCUUCUCAAAAUUUAUUAUCAAUCACGUCAGACAUUCCAAUUUUUAACAUUGUACCUCAUAGCAGCUCUCUAGGUUGGGGUUUCUAUUUGCUUUUAUUGGCUAAUUCUCUAUUAAUUGUACAUAUAUUGGCUCUUUUAGAUUCUGCAAGAAUGGCAAAGAGAUUAUGGAAAUUUAGCCAAGAAGUUAUGGAUAAAUUUGCAAAGAAACAACAUUCUGAAAUAGUAAUUAAAAAUACCAAUAGAGUACCAGAUAAAUUCUUUGUUCAUAGCUUCUCACCAUCUUCAAUAGAAAUUGAAGGAUCUCAAAAUACUGGGUCUACUUUUCUACCAAGUUCUGGAGUUAUUGGAAGUCGCAUCCAAGCUCCUAUUAAUAGUGAAAACCAAAUCCAUUGUCAGUAUAUGCCUAUGAUUCAGACUCAACCACCAUCCCCAGUUUCUCAUAUACAAACUCAAAAUCAAGUUCAAAGUCAGCAAUUGUACCCAAGAAUUGGUAAUACUCCAGCCACAAGAUCAGUUUGGGGAUUUUUCCCAAUUAACUUACUUCCUCGUUUUAAUCCAUACAACUCUGGAAUGGGGAAUAUUGUGAAUAACUGUGGAGAUCAUCAUUGCUAUGGACAUCAAAGAUGCAAUCAUCACCACCAUCAUCAUCAUCAUCAUCAUAAUUAA